AUGAACGUGUACUCGCAGCGGGUAAGUGUGUGCAAUGGAAAUUAUUCGAUCUCCCGAUAUGCGGCAAGCCGAGCUGACAGUCUCGGUAUCAACCAGAACCCACAACCCGUACAUGAGCAGACUAUUUCCCUCCUGGAUCCAGGAAAUACGUUCGCGCCGUCUCAGAGUCCUUUCGCCGACCCGAUUCCUUCCAGAGAAUUGGAGAGAUCUUACAGCCUUACUUCUCUGACAAACCAGGGCCCCGGUGCCGACUUCAUGGAGUCGCAGGAUAUACCCGACCAAUUCAAAUUACAAAAUUUGUCUAAUCGAGGCUCCGCUGUCGCUUCGUCAAGAGACUCGGCACCACAACACAAAGGCAGCAGUAUACGCCGGUAUCCGACGCGACGGAUCAAACUGGUACAAGGAUCAGUGUUGAGUGUCAAUUACCCAGUCCCAAGUCCCAUUCGCAAUGCGAUCCAACCGGAAUACAGAGACGCGGGAGGAGAGCUUUCGGAGGAAUUUACGCAAAUGAGGUAUACCGCCGCAACCUGCGACCCGGAUGAGUUUACGCUACGGAAUGGCUACAACCUGCGACCUUCGAUGUACAACAGACACACCGAGCUUCUCAUCGCGAUCACGUACUACAACGAGGACAAGGUCCUCACAGCAAGAACCCUGCAUGGAGUCAUGCAAAACGUCAGAGAUAUCGUCAAUCUCAAAAAAACGGAAUUUUGGAAUAGAGGAGGACCCGCCUGGCAGAAGAUCGUUGUCUGCCUUGUUUUUGAUGGGAUAGACCCAUGCGAUAAGAACACCCUGGACGUUCUGGCAACUAUUGGGGUGUUCCAAGAUGGUGUGAUGAAGCAGGAUGUGGAUGGAAGGGAGACUGUUGCGCAUAUUUUUGAAUAUACUACACAGUUAUCGAUCACGCCCAAGCAAGAGCUAGUGCGCCCGUACAAAGACAACCCGAUGAAUCUACCCCCCGUGCAGAUGAUGUUUUGUCUCAAAAACAAAAACACCAAGAAAAUCAACUCACAUCGAUGGCUAUUCAACGCAUUCGGUCGCAUUUUGAACCCCGAAAUCUGCAUCCUGAUCGACGCAGGUACAAGGCCAGGGCCGAAGUCGCUACUCGCCCUCUGGCAGGCAUUCUACAACGACAAAAACCUCGGCGGGGCUUGCGGCGAGAUCCAUGCACUUCUGGGUCAUCGAUGGAAGAAGCUCUUGAAUCCAUUGGUCGCGGCUCAGAAUUUCGAAUACAAAAUCUCGAAUAUUUUGGAUAAACCCUUGGAAAGCAGUUUUGGAUAUGUCAGUGUGCUUCCCGGUGCAUUUUCGGCCUAUCGAUACCGUGCGAUUAUGGGCCGGCCACUGGAGCAGUAUUUCCAUGGCGACCAUACGCUUUCGGCGAAGUUGGGUAAGAAGGGUAUUGAUGGGAUGAAUAUCUUCAAAAAGAAUAUGUUUCUUGCUGAAGAUCGCAUUUUGUGCUUUGAAUUGGUUGCUAAGGCGGGUAGCCAAUGGCGUCUGACAUAUGUGAAACCGUCGAAAGGAGAGACGGAUGUUCCUGAAUUACCAGCGGAGUUCUUAAGUCAACGGCGACGUUGGCUGAAUGGCUCCUUUGCUGCAUCUCUCUAUUCGGUCAUUCAUUUCAACCGCAUAUACAAGAGUGGACAUGGGAUCUUUCGUUUGUUUGCUCUCCAUGUUCAAUUGGUCUAUAACAUUUGCCAGUUGAUCAUGACAUGGUUUUCGCUAGCAUCGUACUGGCUUACAAGUUCGGUCAUUCUGGAUAUCGUGGGAACGCCGAGUGGAUCUAACAAGUUCCACGGCUGGCCGUUUGGCAACGACGCAACACCUAUUGUGAAUAACCUGCUCAAGGUCGGGUAUCUGGCUUUUCUCAUGCUUCAAUUCAUCCUUGCCCUCGGCAAUCGACCCAAAGGAUCUAAAUUUCUGUAUACACUUUCAUUCCUCUACUUCUCAGUGGUCCAGGCCUACCUGCUUGUUCUAUCAUUCUACCUCGUUGCACAGGCACUGACCCCUGAGAAUCUUCAAUUCGAUUUCGACCAUGGGUUCUCCGCCCUGGUUUCCGGCUUCAUUGGCUCAACCGGCGGCAUUGUUCUAGUCGCUCUGGUCUCAACCUACGGAAUCUACUUCAUUGCAAGUAUUCUCUAUGCGGAUCCAUGGCACAUGCUCACUUCAUCAUGGGCUUAUUUCCUCGGGAUGCCGUCUACAAUCAACGUUCUCAUGGUUUACGCAUUCUGCAACUGGCAUGAUGUGUCGUGGGGAACGAAAGGAUCUGAUGCACAGGAAAAACUUCCGUCAGCACAAACAAAGAAAGAAGACGAGACGCCCUUCGUGGAGGAGUUGGAUAAGCCGCAAAUCGAUAUCGAUGAGCAAUUCGCUUCUACUGUGAAGCGAGCUUUGACUCCUUGGAAGGAACCAGAAGACAAUGAGGGAGUCGCUCUUGACGACUCAUACAAGGCAUUCCGGACCAAUUUGGUCUUGCUCUGGACUUUCAGCAAUGGUUUGCUAGCGUUGUGUAUUAACAACAUGAGCAUAUCCAGACUUUGUUUGACGUCCACUUCUACAACUCGUACGGCGUGGUAUUUCAAAGUCAUUCUGUGGGGGACUUCAGGUCUUUCUAUAUUCCGAUUCAUCGGGGCACUCUAUUUCUUGGCGAAGACGGGAGUUUUGUGUUGUUUUUCUAGGAGAUAG